GGGUCGCUCAGAGCAAGCGAGUCGUUCGGUGAGCUUCGUCGCGAGUGCACGUGUUUUUCGGUCAAAGAAGCUUACGCAAGUUGUGUUCGCGCAGAAGGAAUUAAGAAACAACAGAGCUCUCGGUAUAAUCCGUAAAAUACCCUCUUAUCGGGCACGGCGAGAUUUGUGCGUGUCCUGUCGUAAACAAGAGAGUUGUGUGUUUGUGUGUUGGAAGAAAUGAGCUACUAAUUGAAGUUACGUGUGUGGUGAACGUAAAACAAGACGCGUUUCUUCCUACUGGGGGAGAGUAUGUGCCGGUAGGAAGAUGCGCCAUGGGAGAAACGACGAGCAAGUAAGAUGAUGGACGAACGAGCCAGCACGAACAGCCACCAGUAUGAGACGUUCCUGCAGCGUCGUCGAUGUUGGUUGGUACUGGGCCGCACGGUACUCACCAUCUCAGUGCUCGGUUUGCUGACGAUCGGCCUCUACGUUGGGUCGAACAGAGUGCACCUAGUCUCCGGUGAACCGGUGGUCGCUAGUAACGACCCUCGGGCACCAUACGUAGCCAUCCGGGAACGACGGGAAGCAAUAAACGGUCCCGAAACGUCCACACGAUGGCAACCCACAUUCAACGACGUACAGCCAACGUUAAAACGGCGACCACAGUCGCGACCAGGAAAAAAGAGGACCACCAAGUUACCAAAGAAAACCAACCCUGCCAGUCCGAACAUUUACGGCAACGAGACUACCGACUACAUCUACAUCGAUGCUAGUGGCGUGGAGCAUCCGCAGCACCCGCACUACCAUCACCCUAAUCUGUCUACAAAUGGCGAAAUUUAUCGGCUAGAAGAAAAUGUGCUCCAGCACCAUCCGAACGGUGGCACCACAAUCGAGAGCGUCCUUCACGUGAGGCGUUACAAAUGUUUUAAGCACGCCCGAGAUAAAUGACACUCAAUUAGCGACUUCGACACACCGUUCAGCGUGCAAGCUACAUACAGCAGACACAUUCUUGUGGGUGCAAAUGGUUAGAGCGAUCUAUGGAGCCUCGAAGCACACGGACCGCACCCGCGCAACAUGUCGCAGAUCCGAUACAAAGGGACACCAUUCUUCAGCGCGGCCCAUACAAGGCACCUAACGGAGUCGACACGAUGGUGGUCGUUCCGUUGGGGAUCUCCACGAUGCAUGUUAAAUGGGUCUGUGUGCAGCAAUAAUCAAAUAAACAUGCCAGCAUGUCGUUCCCUGUUGCUAGUAAAGUGAGGAUAAGUUGAGGGUGUAUGCCCGUUCUCCGGUACGGAUCACUUGUACGCGCUUAUUUUAUGCCGGGGAAUAUGGAGGCUUCUUUUACCUCGUUUUUUCACUCCCCACAUGAAUGAACCACACUCUUGCUUCUUGCGCCGAGAUUUUUUACGGGGUAAACACCGGAAUGCCCUUUCGCCAGGUCAGCUGUAUGAAUGAAGCAUGAAUGAAGCAUGUAUGUAGCGAUGCCUCUUUGCGAUGGGAAAACUGGUUUUUGGCUGGUCGCUUCCGGUUUCGGGGGUUAAAGAGUGUGUAAGUUGUGCUUCGGAUAGGAUUUCCUCGGUAUACCCAAUACGUGUUUGAUAUCUUAACCAACUGAGCUGCUUCCAAGCUUCCAGGUUCCAGCAUCCCAAGAAGCAAAGAGCCCGAGUUCGAAUGCAGAACAAUCAUGUUGUCCUCGCUUAGGGUAUGGAAAAGAACAUAAAUAAAACAAAAUGCAAAUGAAGGAAAAAGGCUUCUUAUUGCCACAAGGGAUCCUCGACUGAUGCAAUCGAGGUCAAUUCACCGAAAGGUUGACUUGCCGUGCUUGUUGGAAGGGUUUUUGCAAAUGAAAUGCAAACAUUUUAUGCUGAUAAAUUGUGGUAAACGGCAUGAAUGUCAUGACCCGGACGAUCUCCAAAAUUCUCCAUUAAAAGCGAAAGUUUCGGCCGGAUUCGCUUUCCUUAACGGUCAUUAAUUCGAUGGUUCGAUUACUGCACACUUCAAGUCGCUGCUGCACACAGCUCACGGGGAGCAUUAAUCCUCCACGUAUCUAACCGAUGGGGAGGAACGACAAUGUUGCGAAGAAAAUAAAAAUGUUUAAAAAUAAUUGACUUCAGAUGAGCGUAGGAAGUGCACUGGACGAACGGGACGGGCAUUCAGAUUACUGCAGUGGCAUGGCCGGCUAGUGAGACUGUCGCGUUCAGAGGAACUCGAGACUUCGAACAGCCGAAGAAGAAAGAUUCUGUGGUUGGCUAAGCUGUUCAAGUGCUAGAGAUGCAUGUGUUUAAUUGAAAAUACAUUUCCUCCUUGCAACAAAAACAACACACACCGACGACCACCAGUCAGACAGUCGAGUUGCACUCUUGAACGUAUUUUGGCUCUCAAGUGUCUGUCUGUCGGUCGUGGUAGAGAAGUCAGGUCGCAGUUUGGUGAGCAGGUUUAUGACUAGUGGAGUGUGAGCGAGAGGGAUGGAGUGUGCAAUUAUGGUGUCUGUUCGCGGAUUAAUACGGAUCGUUAUGAUGUCGCCAAGAGUUGUCCCAGUAGACGCGGUUCUAUGGCAACUAUUAAACGUCGGAGGGUAUAGGGGGAUAAAUAUAGGAACACGCUUGUAGAACAUUGAGGUGCUGUUCGAGUGCCACUUCUAAGACGAUAUUUAAACACUAGAAUAGACCACACUAUCAAGCAUGAUUAAUCAUUCCGAGAUCAGGAUGUGGAAUGUUCCCGACGAGGGAAUUCCGGUUGAAGGUUACUGAAUUGUUCGAGCGCUAAAAUGUUUUGAACGACACUCCUUUGCGUCUCAUAAUCGUGAGACUAGCUUUUCUUGGCAAAAAAUGUAUCAAAUGCCUAUCACAGAUCGUACCUAUUCACUGGAACUCGGGACUCGGAUAACGAAAUCAACGCAGUCCCAUAAGAUCGCAUCGCGAUGGUCAGACCCGCGUGGUGUGUCGUGUGUCUUCUCUCUUAUGACCUCAUAACAGUUUGCCAGGGUCUAGAGAAACUUCCUAAGCCUGCCUCACAAAGCCAAAAUUCUACGGUUGCCACAUCGAGGAACUCACGCAACUCUCCGACGAUCGAGAUCUCCGAAACGGCAAAAAUGUUUCCGUCAGUUCUGGCAACCGGUUCGCGUACACGCAGCAUGCCGAAUUUGGUAACCACAGAUUCUUCCACAUCUACACAUUGCUUCCUUAUUGCUGUUAGUUUUUGCUAGCAAGCACUCGAUAGGUAGGCAUUUCAACGAUUCGCGCGAAACUGUUCAACCAUCUGAUUUGCCAUCUUAAAUAUGUCUCUGGUGUGUGUUCUUUUUUGUUGUCGUUGUCUGCUAGAAACUUUUACGCACACGCAUUUAAAAUGACGUAUACCAAAAGACAUACCCACAAUACAAUGAAUAGAUACACAAGCAGCGUAUAUUCGUAACAUUCGUAUUCUCGGGAGAGUUUUUCGCACUGCUUGAUCUUGUGUAGUCAUCAAAUGGGCCUUGAGAUCGGAAAUUUUAUUUUUCUUUAUUGUAUUAAAAAUAUAUAAUAUAAAUAAAUUAUAUAAAUGAAAAAAAUAAUUCUUCCAACAAAUAUAUGCACACAUUAAAAACGACGGAGAUGCCACAUCAUUAGCCUCCGGCCACGACUGCUGAAAAACUUUUUCAGGCGAAAACAAUAUCAUUCUCUCGUAGCACACCAUGGCCGGGUUCUAUGUUAAAGCACAAAAAUGGACUUGUAGAAGAAAAUUUCUUUCUACACCCUCACUUACUUUACAUUAUCGUCGCAGCACUCACAGCACUGUGAUCUAUGUUGCUUUCCUUCUCUACAAAGCACAUCACAAAAGAGCUGUUUGUUUACAUUUUGAUUUGUCAAAAAUUCUCAACCUUUCUUACGUUUUUCUCAUACACUAUCUAUAUUUCCUGAAAAACAUUUUUCCAAAAUAUUCUGCACCAACUGGGCUACUGUCGCCAACGGUCUGAUGGCACUGUUGAAAAGAAUGGAUCCAUAAUCACGAAAAGUCGGAACAUGGGUAAACUUGUGUCCGUUGAUAUUUGUGACCGUUUAAACUAAUAUUACCGUGGAGAAGAGGCCUGAUCGCUGUUCUGAACACUAGGAUGAUUCGUCGGAUCAAGCGUAAAAAAACUCUGAUUUUGCAACAGUAAAUCGAAUACACUUCUGCUGAUGACUGUAAUCUUUCUACAGGGCGGAAAUCUGGAGUCGUUGUGACUUGAAGUUUUGCGUCUAAAACCUCUUGAAAACAAUCGAUCGACUAACGUUGAAAAAUCGUUGUCUAUUAUAGAUUUCAACGCUUUCCACGACGCCGUCACACUUGAAUAACGAAAAUUUUGAUUUGUGUAUAGGACAGAGGGAAAUGUAUACAACAGAAAGUCAUUACUGCGCUGGUGCGCCGUGAGUCACGAACGUUGUCCUUUAUUAGCUGCUAUUGAAAUCGCUCCUCCCUAGCCUGUUCCGGUUAUCAUCGAUGAAUGGACAUCCGAGCCAUUCAUUGAGAAUUCGUACAUGCAGGAAGUAAUACAGACUUGCUAAGAUCAACCAUUCACGUUGACGUAUGAUUGAAAAUACAAACCCUAGUUUCAAGGUUUUUGCACUGUGUUGUUCGAACGUUAUCAGAAGUAGGGCAGGUUCUGCCAGCGCGCUGUAGCGCAUCGACUAUCGUACCUUGAGAGGCGUCAUAUCACUGUUAUGUAAACAGUCGCUAUCAGCUAUCGUUAAUGAGUGGAGAAUUAA